AUGACCCGCACCUCGGGCUGUGGUGAAGAAGAAAAAGGAGACGCGGACGAUCUUCACGGCAGCCACAUCAUAUCACACAAGCAACCCCCAAAGCAAACUACCCAGAUCGCGGACGUGGCGGGUGCCAAGACCCUCUGGCUCGUUCUGUUACUCCGUAUCCUGGGCUUAUGGCGAGCAUGA